GUCAGCUGGUUGUCCAAACAAGGGAAUGAACACGUUCGUCCUUUUACAUCCACAAAAUACGAAUGUACAGACCACCAUAGUCUACUACCGCAUGGCAAGCGGUACCGGAGUGCCAAGUCUAGGACAAAAAGUAUUCUCAACGGUUUUUACCCCCAAGCCAUAAGACUCCUGAACAGCUGAGAAAAUGAAGAAAAACAAGGGAAAGGUGAACACCACUGAGAAGGAGUUUGUGUUUGGGUUCAGGGCAGAGAGGAAUGACUGUGUCCUCAAAGUACCUCUGCAAUUCCCUGUCCAAGAAAAUGUCAGUGACCUUCAUGGACGACUUAUGCUGCUGCACAAAAUACCUUGCUUUGUUGAGAAUGAACUGAGGAGCACACUGUCCAUGUUUAUUGAGAGCGAAACCAUCCAGGACUAUGACAGAGAAGCAGAGUUGGCCCUACAGAGACUGACAACAGGAGAGGUGGACAUCAACCAGCUUACAAACACAUGGGCCAAGACCUACUCAGAGACUACACUGGAACAUGCUCGUCCUGAGGAGCCCAGCUGGGAUGAGGACUUUGCAGAUGUUUACCACGAGCUCAUCCAUUCCCCGGCCUCUGACACUCUGCUCAACCUGGAACACAACUACUUUGUCAGUGUCUCAGAGCUCAUCAGUGAGAGAGACAUGGAGCUGAAGAAGUUACAAGAGAGGCAGGCAACAGAGAUGGACAAAGUCAUGCAAGAACUGGGAAAGACCAUGACUGACCAGGAUGUAAAUGCAGUUGCAUCUCAACACUUCGAUGCCCAGCAGGUGCUGGAGAACAAGUGGGCCAAUGAACUGAAACAGGUGACUCAUAUUCAGAAGCAGGAGUAUCAGGAGUGGGUGAUCAAACUGCACCAGGACAUGCAGAACCCCAAUAACAGCACUAUCAAUGAGGAGAUCAAGGUGCAGCCGAGCCAGCUGACAGAGGAGUCUGAGCCUGGGGCUAGGCUGUAUGAGGAGCAGCGACAGCUGGAGGAGAGCUUCACCAUCCACUUAGGUGCACAGCUGAAGACAAUGCACAACCUGCGACUGGUGCGGGCGGACAUACUGGACUUCUGUAAGCACCGUCGCCAUGGCAGCAGAGGGACCAAGCUGAGGCGGCUGCAGACUGCUCUGUCGCUCUACUCCUCGUCCCUGUGUGGCCUGGUAUUGCUGGUGGACAACAGGGUCAACUCCUACAGUGGUAUCAAGAGAGACUUUGCCACAGUAUCUAAAGAGUGUACAGACUUCCACUUCCCUCGGCUGGAGGAGCAGCUGGAGGUUGUCCAGCAAGUGAUGCUUUAUGCCCGGUCUGAGACCAGCAAGCACAAAGACCAGCCUGAUGUUCCUAGGAAUGGAAGUAGUUGUGAAGAUAAGAAUCAAAAUGUGGAAAAGAAUUCUUCCAAUAUCUUACCAGGUGAAUUCUACAUCUCCCGCCACUCCAACCUGUCUGAGGUCCACAUAGUGUUCCACCUGUGUGUGGAUGACAACGUCCGCUCAGGUAACAUUACGGCCCGGGAACCUGCCAUCAUGGGCCUGCGCAACAUCCUCAAGGUCUGCUGCACGCAUGAUGUCACCAACAUCACCAUCCCUCUGCUACUGGUCCACGACAUGUCAGAGGAGAUGACUAUCCCAUGGUGCCUGAGGCGGGCUGAGCUGGUCUUCAAAUGUGUCAAAGGUUUCAUGAUGGAGAUGGCAUCGUGGGAUGGAGGGGUCUCACGGACAGUCCAGUUUCUAGUUCCACAGAGUAUCUCUGAGGAGAUGUUCUACCAGUUGAGCAACAUGCUGCCUCAGAUCUUCCGUGUCUCGUCCACCCUCACACUCACCUCCAAACGCUGACGGAGACACAGGGCCAACCAUGGAGGCUUGGCAACUGUCAACAUCAUGCUGUUUUUAACAGACAGAUUCUACGGCCUCUUCCUCAUCAUGCUAUAGUAAUUAGCAUUUUAGUCUUGCAGUCUGUGGUUAAGUCACAGUUGAGUCUACCAUCAUGAAAAUAAACUAACCACGGAGUGACUGUACUCUGAUUGUUACAGCACUCCAGUCAAAAGUAUGAGAUUCAGUGCUUUUGUAUUGCAAUGAUUUCACAAUAUAGAGAGGGGCCUCAAGAGUUUUGAUAAUUGAGUUCCCUCUAACCUAUUUAAAUAGUUGCAUUUUACAGAGGUUAGUGUGAUGGAUGACUGUCAAUUGAUUUAGCGAUGCCUGCAUAAUUGGCAUCAUCUUAGGGCAAGGUGAAAUCAUCUUGGCCCAUCUUCCCAAAAAAGAUGGAUUGUGUUGUUGCCGAGGCAAGCAUUAUGCAGGUGUGUGUACUGCAUUGCAGUGAAUUAUAGUGAGAAAUUAGUCAUCAUCUCACUCCACCCCAGUAACAGCAGAGGGCACUGUUCUCAGAGAUAAAGAAGCACUCUGAUAGAUGAUGUUUAAUCUACUCCGUGCCAAAACAUUGAUUUAAACAAACUAUAGCCCAUACCCCUGAAUGUUUGCCCAACAGAUUUUCAGCACUUUAACUCAUUUUUGAUGUGGCAUUCCAAUUUACUGAUCACAACUUACUGUGCACUGAUCAUAAUGUACUGUUUACACACAUCUUUACUAUAUGUUUUUAGUCAAAAUGUAUGUGAAAAGUGUUUAAACAAUGUUAAUAUAUCCUGAAUCUUCUCUUUGUGAAAUAAUGUUUCAGAUUUUACAUUUGUUAGUUUUUUUUACUAGGCCUGUAAACUUUGGAGUAUAGCCUACUCCAUAUUCGGGGCGGCAGGGUAGCCUAGUUAGAGCGUUGGACUAGUAACCGGAAGGUUGCAAGCUGACAAGGUACUAAUCUGUCGUUCUGCCUCUGAACAGGCAGUUAACCCACUGUUCCUAGGCCGUCAUUGAAAAUAAGAAUUUGUUCUUAACUGACUUGCCUAGUUAAAUAAAGAUUUUUUAAAAAUG